CUCACCCCCACAUUGUCAACGACGAGUCUGGAUGUCUUCAGAUGAAAGUGUCUCUCCCACACCGCAGCCAUGGAAGAAGACCCGGCUUCAAGGUGCCUGUGAUGCAUGUCGGCAGAAGAAAGUGAAAUGCGACAGUGCGACGACGGAAGGAAAUUCGUGUUCCAACUGUCGAAUUAUGAAGUGUCCGUGCACGCACAACAUUCCGGCCAAGAAGCGGGGCCCUAAAAGCAACUAUAUUACAAGGUUGGAGAGGAAGGUGCAUCAUCUGGAAAAGAUGAUCCAACAAAACCAGCCAGCAUACGGCGGUAUAUCUAAGGAAGCCACAGUGGAAGAUGUGCCUGAAGAAGACGACGACGACGACGAAUCCGACCUCGAAUAUAUUGAGCUUAUGGGCCAAAUCAAAAAUCUUUCCUUGACUGGUAUUGACAACCGAUACUUUGGACCCUCUAGCAAUCUGUACUUUAUGCGGAAAGCUCUAAGCAUGAAAGGAAAGCAGACAGGUAUGAGUCAUACUUCGGUGAAGAGCAAGUACGCGCAUAAUUGGGAAACCCAACCGUGGGAGCUUGUUGUUCUGAAGAAGACCCCCCUAUUUUUCCCUCCAGACGAUCUAAUCGCAGAUCUACUGAACCUGUACUUCACCUAUUUCCACUUAUACAUGCCCCUUCUACACGAGCCUUCGUUUCGUCGCUCUGUCGCAUCAGGUCUUCAUCUCCGAGAUCACCGUUUUGGUGCUAUACUGCUGCUCGUGUGUGCAGUCGCCUCCCGUUAUUCCGAUGAUCCGCGUAUUUUCCUGGAGGGUGCUUCGGAGCAUUCUUGUGGGUGGAAAUGGUUCGUUCAAGUACAAGGAAUGCCUCACUCUGUAUUUGAUGUUCCUAAUCUUUACGACCUUCAACAUUGCUGCCUAUCAGCGGAAUACGUUACAGGUACUUCGGCACCACAAUCUUCCUGGACAAUGAUCGGUAUUGGAAUCCGUUACGCAAUUGAGAUGGGACUUCAUCGCCGUUGGCCCGAUAACCCGAGUAUAGAGAGUGAGCUCAAGAAGCGCGCGUUUUGGUGCUUGCUUUUACUUGAUCGACAUACGAGUUUCUACCAUGGACGACCAUCUGCAAUUCGCGAUGAAGACUUCGAUCUGGAUCUCCCUCUAGAAGUUGACGAUAAAUACAUGGAGUCUUCUGAACCAUUCAAGCAACCUCCUGAUAUCCCCUCCCGGAUGGUAUAUUUCACAUCUCACCUAAAAUUAUGCCAGAUAAUGUCAUACGCUUUGAGUACACUCUACUCAAUACGCAAAUCCAAAGAAGCAGCCGGCCUUGUUGGUAACACUUGGGCCCAAACCAACGUCUCCGAGCUCGAUUCUAUGCUGAACAAGUGGUUUGACAUGAUACCCGAUCACUUGCGUUGGGACCCCAAUAGGUCAUACGAUGCUUUCUUUGAUCAAUCAGCAUUGAUAUACACCGUCUACUACAAUAUGCAAAUCCAGAUCCAUCGCCCAUUCAUACACAAGCCAUCCCCACUAUCUUUCCCGUCGCUCGUCAUAUGUACUAAUGCAGCAAGAGCAUGUACCCGGGUGCUUGAAGUUCAGAAACAAAAGGGUCACCUCAUGACCUUCGGGUUCGGCAUGGCGGCCUUUGCAUGUGGCAUCGUCUUGACAAUGAAUAUGUGGAUAGGAAAGAAAACUGGUUCUCGUUCACAGAAGCAGAAGGACACAGAAGAAAGUAUUCAGAAAUGUCUGAACGUCCUUGAGGCUUCUUCGAAGCGAUGGAACAUCACUGGACGUACCCUUGACAGCCUUCUGACCCUCUCGGAUUACGCACCAACCCCAUUACAACAGGAUCACCCUUACGGUCAGCAAUUCGACAUUAUGGAUUUCUCACUAGGCAACUCAUAUACGCCUUUGACUGCUGAAAACGCUCCUACUGUGACACACACGGCUAUCCCUCUCUCGAUACCCGAGUCGUGGUCUACUGACCCGACAUCUUUUGGGCCACUGGAGGAUGUCACUGCCACUUCUGGUUAUGAUUGCAAUGUUACUCCUUCUCAAAUUGACUCGAUAUUGGAUGGAAUGAACCAGGUCGCUGGCGAGGAUGCCCUGGAAAUGUGGUCAAACAUUCCUUGGGGAUUCAACUGGGACGACUGGCUGUCUUACACAUCUGAGAUGGAAAGUGUGAGGCAGGCGUAGAGAAGAAACGGCUUAUAUUGGUGGAAGACUACUUUUCAUACCGAUAUCUCAACACAUCUUGGAACAUGUGAACUUAUGGAUUAUACCUGUACAGCAAGGAUGGUGGAGAGAUACAUACGCUACAUAAUCGAACAUAAUAUUGCUACAGCCAGAAAACGACGAAAUGAUAACUGUAAAC